GGCAGGAACCGGUAGAAGACAGCUGCUUUGAUUGCAUUCGCGAUAUUGCCGUUGUUUCUGAACGAUGCUGGAUGAUUUAUUUAUUAUACGCAUUGUAUGAAUGGGGUUUGUUUUUUUGAAAAGCUCUGAAGGGAUUUUUUUCUUGUCUCAGCCGGAAUUUACAUUACUUGCAGAUUACAACUUCAGCUUGGAGUUUAAGUGUGGUGCAAGUUUGUUAGGGAAAUGCAGCUAUUACACCCAGCAGGAGAAACACAAAACUGGCUGGUGACUUCUGAAAGCUAACAGUAUGGACACAUAUGAAGCCCCACAAAGAGCCCUCCUCUCAGCUGCAGGUAGCUAGUUCUCAUUUUCUGCUGGGCUGCUCCCUCCUAUCAGAACCUUGGUCAGAACCUCCAGGAUUUUAAAGUCGCUGUUAGCCCCCUCUGCCCCAGCCAGACCACCCUAAAGAGGCAUAAUGGGGGAAAGGCGAGCCCGCUCCUUCCACAUGACCUGCCAUGUACAACGGGACUACGGCAGCAGGAUGAGGAGCUCCUUCAUACGCUGCAGCCCCAAUGGAUGUGCCGGCACGAGCAUCAGCCUCAGCCUGGACCAGGAGAUGGACCUGGCAGCCUCCGCUGGUUCCACCACCGGUUGCAGCGCCCUGCGGGUUCCUGCACCUGACAUCAGCCGCUACUCACCAGUUUCGCUGGAAAUAGACCCCCAGGCGGUGAAUAAUGGAUCAGGCUUCCCCUGCCUGCCUCCAGCUGACACAAAGGAUCCGGAGUUGCAGAUCGCACACAGCCAACCGUCUGUGACCCCUAUCCCGCCACCUCUGCCUCGCUCCAGCUGGCUGCGCAAUCAUCAGAAGGAGUUCCAGAGUCCUUACAUUAAGACUAGCAUGCAGGGGGAUGUUUACAACUUUCUAGAAAGACCUGCAGGAUUGAAAUGCUUCCUCUACCACUUUCUAGUCUUCCUCAUGGUCCUGGUGUGUCUUAUCUUCAGUGUCCUGUCCACAAUAGAACAAUAUGCAGAAUUUGCCACAGGAACCCUUUUUUGGAUGGAGAUCGUGCUGGUGCUGUUCUUUGGUACCGAGUAUGUGGUCCGGCUGUGGUCGGCAGGCUGCCGCAGCAAAUAUGCGGGCAUCAAAGGACGCCUCCGCUUUAUCAGGAAGCCCAUAUCAAUCAUAGAUUUGAUAGUCGUCAUUGCCUCCGUCAUUGUGCUCGGUGUGGGGUCAAAUGGACAAGUGUUUGCCACAUCUGCUAUCAGGGGUAUUCGUUUCCUGCAGAUCCUGCGGAUGCUGCAUGUGGAUCGACAGGGAGGAACAUGGAGGCUGCUGGGAUCUGUUGUCUUCAUACAUCGACAGGAGCUUAUCACCACCCUGUACAUUGGCUUCUUGGGGCUGAUCUUUUCCUCCUACUUUGUCUACCUUGCGGAGAAGGAUGCAGUGGAUGAGGAGGGCAAGACGGGCUUUUCCAGCUAUGCAGAUGCCCUGUGGUGGGGCGUGGUGACCGUCACCACCAUCGGAUAUGGAGACAAAAUUCCUCAAACAUGGAUAGGGAAGGCCAUCGCCUCAUGCUUCAGUGUCUUCGCUAUUUCUUUCUUCGCUCUACCUGCUGGAAUUUUGGGUUCAGGAUUUGCCCUCAAAGUCCAGCAGAAGCAGAGACAGAAGCACUUUAACAGACAGAUCCCAGCAGCAGCCUGUCUCAUCCAGACACUCUGGAGGUGUUACGCUGCAGAGAAACCAAACGGCUGCGCUGCUACAUGGAAAAUGUACGUCUUAACUCCAGAGGGUGUGGCAGCAGCGCAGGUGGACCACAGCAGUCCCAGCAUCAAGAAGCUGAACAUAGCGAAAAAGGGGACUAAGAGAAGACUGAAGUCCAAAGGGCCUGGCUCUCUAGGUGUUGCCUCAGAGAGAGCUGUGUCGAUCCCUCAAAUCACCUAUGAGCACAUCGACGACUCUGUGGAAAAAAAGGAUGUCUCCUUUUUUAUUGCACAGCCAAGGGGGACAAAUGAAGGGAUUGCCAGAAUGUUCAGGAAAGCAGGCCCUCCUCACCACUCAUGGUCAUCUUUUACUCUGAGCUGCCCUGCUUCCCCAGUAAAGGGAAGUGGUGAUCAAAGUGCUUCCAUAGACAUCUCCCGCGCCAACAGCCUCACCGAUGACCUAGAUGACAUGAGUGAGGACAUCCCCCUGCCUGUGGUCACCAACAAGAACCAGUUAUCCCAUUCCCAGAGGUCUGCUGUGAAAGUCCUGCGUAGAAUGCAGUAUUUCGUUGCCAGGAGGAAAUUUCAGCAAGCCCGGAAACCCUAUGAUGUGCGAGACGUGAUCGAGCAGUAUUCCCAGGGUCACCUAAACAUGAUGGUUCGCAUCAAGGAGCUACAGCGAAGACUGGAUGGCACCUUGGGGAAACCAGGAAUGUUUUUACCAGGCAAGGGAGAAGAUAAGGAAUAUCCAACUAUUGGGGCACGAAUGAUCAGAUUAGAAGAUAAGAUUCGCCAGAUGGACCGGAAAAUGGACUCAGUCCUGCGGAUUCUGACGGAGCAGUUUCCGCCAAAGCCGGACCUGACGUCAAAGCCAUCCAUUCGUAGGGUGACCAUCCAGAAGCGCAUGGGCACCAGCAUCGACGAGGCACCCUGAUAAAGCAGUGACGUAAAACGCUAGGACUUUACGUUAACAGCCUAGCCCCCUCGAGGGAGUCUGUCUUCCAAACCAACCUCCUUUUUUUUUUUUCUGUGAACUUUACACCCAUAAGAAAAAAAUUAUUAAAAAACUAACCCAUAUGAGAGGAAAACAGCCUCUGUCAGGGAGGAGUACCUUAUUGUCUGGACUUCUGAUGGCUUCUUGAUGGGUAUUUUUUUGUUACUUGUUUCCUCUGCACUGGUAUUUUGCAGCACACAGCUCAGGCAGCAACAUGUUCUAUGAAUUUAUUUCACCACAUUAGCCUCAUAAUCACACUUCUCUAUGAUGAUAAUUUAUGUGUUGCCUGUCACUGAGCAGCAUUCCUCUGUUCCAAAUAUCUUUCCAAAGCUAAAUAACCCCUAAUGAAGCUGUAAUGCAAUUAAUGCACUCUGGUUUCCUAAUGACAUUCAGAGAAAAAAGAAAAGUUGUAAAUCCACACCAGCCAAUGCAUUCCUCAGAUCUGUCAGAUUAUCUUGGCUCAACUCAGACCUACGGAACAGAGUUAGCUUUACGAACACAUAUCCAUGCAGCCUAACUGUACUUAGAUUUGUGUGCUUUGUUUGUAGUAACUGAGAAACAUUUAGACAGGAAAAAGGAUAAUCAUAUGUUGGUUUUGUCCUUCUCCUGAGUAAGAAAUAACUGGCAGAACUGACUAAAAUGGACUGUGGCAGCAAUUUAAUUCAAUUUACUAUUGUUUAAUACUUUAAGAAUUGAAUUAUACCCUUAGUCAUGUUAAAGGGAUAAUUAAUGGGGUUUUUUAAGGUGAAAUUCUCUAAGGGUUUCUGAAAUUGAUUCUUUCCUUACAUGUGAAAAGAGGCUGUAUGUUCAUUGUAUUCAUAGAAAUCCUCAGUGGUGGAAAGCUUGUUAGAUGGUGAUGAUUUCAGAAACUUAAUAUGCCUCAAACCAGAACCGUUUUUUCUUCAUUUUAUGGGAUAUUAUUUUUCACAAGAACUCUUUAUUGCUGUUUUUCUGCCCAAAACUACUGAGUAAAUACACAAACUUACAUUGCAUGAGAUCGAUAGCUUGCCAGGUUUGCUAAUCCCAAGUCCCAAGUUGGAUGUAUCAUAAACUAUGAGUCCUGGAAAGCUAUUAGAUUGUUCUAUUUUGGCUACAUUUACACCUAUGGUCUUGAUUCCAAUUUAUUAUUUGGCAUGGUUGUUUAAUAUUUGGCAUGGUUUAUAUGCAACACGCCAUCAGACUGAUUGGCUCACAUACGCAGGAGAAGAAUGUAGCAGCACACAGCAGCACACCUUGUUUACAGAACUUAUAAUGGAUGCCAGAAUCCAUUUCUUUUUCAUUAUUAUGCUGUUAGGCAACGGGAGCAAACAACAUUAUGACAACAUUAUAAGAAGAUGAAGAAAUGUAAGAAAAACAGAGUAUUACUAUUUACUAUGGAAUGUUGUGGAGCAGCUGCUGCAUCUAUAGAGAAGUCUAUGUGGAUGUGUAGCUUUGGGUAAUGAGGUAGUGAGUCAGAUAAAAAUUCUACAGAACUGCUCCGAAUAAGGACGACUUGAAAACCGUCAGAUAUGCAUCUAGUGUGAAUUUCUCCUCAGAUGUAACCAGCUCUCUUAUUGGUUAGACUGCCACACCUGAUUCACAGAAUAACCAAUAAGAGGGCUGGUUAUGUCUGAGCAGCAACUGUGAUUGGUUUAACUGGUUUUCAGUCUGCUCAGGGACCAGAAGGGUCAUGAAAGAGGUGAAUGGAGAGGGACAAGGAAAAA